AUGGGGAUUACUCUUCUCUUAUUCUUGGUCUGCAUCAGCAGAGCCGUCUCUGAGAAUAUUGACGAGAUGCUAAGAAAACAUGAAAGUGAAAUAAAAGAAGUACUCGAGUUGCCCGAAAACGAAAAAGAAGAAUUAAAAAAACAAGAAAAGAAUAUUAUUGAUGUGAAACAAGAUCACGUUAGUUCUUCUGGCGAUGACAUUCUGGAAGUCAAUAUGAUGGACCAUACAUCGGGAGCGUAUCAAGGCGACAUGAUGCUUACAGAGAGCCAAGUAGAAGACAUCAAGGAAGACAUCGAAGAAGUAUUCGCAGAAAAAAAUGGCAACGCCACCGAGUACAGGAAACGACGAAAACGCCAAGCAUUCAACUCUGGAUAUCCUAAAACAAUAUGGGAAGAUGGAAAAGUCUACUAUUUCUUCCAUUCCACUGCAACUCCAACAGUAAAAAGCGUUUUCAAAAGAGGUGCCCAAGAGUGGGAAAGAAACACAUGUAUCAACUUCCACGAGGAUAAAAACCGAAAAGAGAAAAACAAAAUUCAAGUAUUCGUUGAAAAUGGUUGUUGGUCAUACGUCGGUAAAAUUCAAAAACCGCAGCAAGAACUAUCUCUUGGAAAAGGAUGUGAAUCUGUUGCUACUGCUGCACACGAAAUAGGCCAUGCUCUUGGAUUUUGGCAUACUCAAUCAAGGCACGAUCGCGAUGACUUCAUCACAUUAGACACCAGAAAUAUUAAGCCUGACUGGCUUAAGCAGUUCAAUAAAGAAACGACGGCCACCAAUAACAACUAUGAUAUUACCUACGACUACGGAAGCAUAAUGCACUAUGGAUACAGAUCUGCAUCCUACAACAACCAGCCCACGAUGGUUCCAAAGGACGAACUGUACACACGAUCCUUAGGAUCACCUUUCAUUUCCUUCUACGAGUUGCUUAUGAUGAACAAACACUACAAAUGUCUAGAAAAGUGUGAGCGGAAGACAUCCGCAGAAUGUCACAUGUACGGUUUCCCUCAUCCUCGUGACUGCAAAAAAUGCAUUUGUCCAAGUGGAUUCGGCGGUGAUCUUUGUGACCAAAGGCCAUCGGGAUGCGGCAAAGUACUAAAUGCGACUAACGAGUACCAAACUCUCGAAGAUACACUUGGUAAUACGAACAUUAGGGAGAGAGAUGCAAUGAGAGAUGACUUUACGAAGUGCAACUAUUGGAUCCAGGCACCGAAAGGUUCUCGUAUUGAAGUUAAGCUUGAAAGCUUCACAUCACCGAUUUAUGUUGAUGGGUGCAAGUAUGUUGGGGUGGAAAUUAAAACUCAUGAAGAUCUUCGCCUCACUGGUUACAGGUUCUGUGCUCAAGAAGAUAAGGGUGUGACUUUGGUGUCAAACUAUCACAUUGUCCCUGUGAUCACAUACAAUCGAGCCUAUUACUCCACAACGGUCCUAAAGUACCGAAUCGUAACUGGAGAUGGUGGUCGACCAGGAAAUACGAGACAACCAAACGCAACCACGAGAAAACCAAAUCCAUAUGAAAAUACUACAAGAAAGCCAUAUGGAUCUACCACGAAAAAGCCAAUGACGAAUUCGCAUUGCGAGGACCAUAAACUCUGUCCCCAACUGAUGAAGCUAAGAAACUUCUGCAAAGACCAGCAUUAUUCAAUACGCUUGAGAGCGGGAGUAUGCAAGAAAUCAUGUAUCAGCAGUCCAAGCUCAUCUAUCAAUACAUAUCAGGAACAAAUUGGUCCUGACGACAACAUCCUCAAUGAAUUCCUUACAAAUCUCUAG